AUGAACUUGCAAAGGUAUGAAAAGAUAUGCCUUAACAAAUAUUCAGAAAUACUUCGUUCAUUAUCUACAACUAGACAAUCAUUUCGACAACAGGAAGAAUGUCAUGCUGAAUUAAAAGCAUAUGCUAAAACCCGGCAAAAAAUGCAUGAAUUGGCUGUUAAGCAAAAACUUAUCACUGAACAGGAUCCGAAAAGUCAUGGAUUUCUACAUUUAUCGUAUGAGGAAAAGCGUGCAUUACUUCAGGAAGGCUACAAAUUACCGACAAUGUUACCAUUAACACAAUCUGAAGAGGAUGCAUUAAGACUUAUCAGACGAAAAAUUAAAAAUAAGAUUAGAAAACAAUUCAUUAAUUUAGAAACAAUAAAUUGUGGAAAUUUUCAGUUGUCUGCACAGGAAAGUCGUCGUAAACGAAAGGAAUACAUGAAUGAACUUGAAAAGAGAAUUCAUUAUUACCGCGCUGAAAAUUCAACACUGAAAUUAAAGUUAAAAGAUUUGGAACAAAGGAAUCGUAGUUUAACUGUUGAAUUGAGAAAUUUCAAAGCAACAGCUGCAUCAAAUCAUGCCACCGAAUGUCAUCCAUCAUGUCCAACGCCUAAUGCUACAAUGGUUAACUGA